UUUUACCACACAGCACCUUACAUGUUACCACAAAGCACCCUGUGUUACCACAAAGCACCUUACGUGUUACCACACAACACCCUGUGUUACCACAAAGCACCUUACGUGUUACCACACAGCACCUUACAUGUUACCACAAAGCACCCUGUGUUACCACACAGCACCCUGUGUUACCACAAAGCACCUUACGUGUUACCACACAGCACCCUGUGUUACCACAAAGCACCUUACGUUUUACCACACAGCACCUUACAUGUUACCACAAAGCACCUUACGUGUUACCACACAGCACCCUGUGUUACCACACAACACCCUGUGUUACCACACAGCACCUUACGUGUUACCACACAACACCCUGUGUUACCACACAGCACCUUACGUGUUACCACAAAGCACCUUACGUGUUACCACAAAGCACCUUACGUGUUACCACACAACACCCUGUGUUACCACACAGCACCCUGUGUUACCACACAGCACCUUACGUGUUACCACACAGCACCUUACGUGUUACCACACAACACCCUGUGUUACCACAAAGCACCUUACGUGUUACCACAAAGCACCUUACGUGUUACCACACAACACCCUGUGUUACCACAAAGCACCUUACGUGUUACCACACAACACAAUGUGUUACCACAAAGCACCCUGUGUUACCACACAACACUCUGUGUUACCACAAAGCACCUUACGUGUUACCACAAAGCACCUUACGUGUUACCACACAACACCCUGUGUUACCACAAAGCACCUUACGUGUUACCACAAAGCACCUUACGUGUUACCACACAGCACCCUGUGUUACCACACAGCACCUUACGUGUUACCACAAAGCACCUUGUGAUACCACACAACACCCUACGUGUUAUCACACAGCACCCUGUGUUACCACACAACACCCUACGUGUUAUCAGACAACAAACUAUGUGGUACCACACAGCAAACUAUGUGAUACCACACAACCCCCUAUGUGAUACCACACAACACACUAUGUGAACACACAACUAUGAGAUAACACACACAUGUGUUAACUAUCAAUUGAUAUGACGCAGCUUUCACCGAUAUGAUUGCCUCAUGAUCCAAGUCACAUCUCCGCGGGUGAUAUGUUUAGUGAGACACAAACAACAGCUCUGAUGACGUGGCGUGCGCACCAACGACGUGCAUUUCAUUGCGACGAUGGAUUUAGACUUUAGGAAUUUUUUUUAUAAUUAAUGCUGAUGAUGGCGUAUUUAGCGUAGCAGAUACGCUUUUGAUGUAGCAUCAUCAUCAUCAUCAUCAUCAUCAUCAUCAUCAUCAUCAUCGUCGUCGUCGUCACUAUCAUCAUCACACCCACCAAGAAACAAACAUUAUGCUUUUUGAUCUUCUAUGUUCUAAACGCUUCCUCACUUAAAAUCAUAUUUUCCACGUUACUGUACAAGUAGCGUGAGUAGAUGGCAGCUAUGCAUGACAGCAACAAGUACAACAGCUAAUAUGAACACGACGACUAUCCCCCCCCCCUAAAAAAACGCGCAGAAAAUAAAUAUCAUAGCUUU